CUUCCAUCCCUUUUUAAAAGGUUAAACCCUAGUUUUAUUUCGCUCUCCCCAAAACCCUAGUGGUCUUAACACUCGGAUUCUCCAUUUUCAGCCUAGAAGUCUCCAUGGCUACCGAAGUUGUGAACCCAAAAGCAUAUCCGCUGGCCGAUGCGCAGCUCACCACGACAAUAAUGGACCUGGUUCAGCAAGCUGCCAACUAUAAGCAGCUUAAAAAGGGGGCAAAUGAAGCCACUAAGACACUAAACAGGGGAAUUUCUGAGUUUAUUGUGAUGGCGGCUGAUACUGAGCCACUUGAAAUCCUCCUUCAUCUUCCACUUCUUGCUGAGGAUAAGAAUGUCCCCUAUGUGUUUGUCCCUUCCAAACAAGCUCUCGGCAGAGCAUGUGGUGUUACCCGACCCGUGAUUGCUUGUUCUGUCACAAGCAACGAGGGAAGCCAGUUGAAAUCUCAAAUACAGCAAUUGAAGGAUGCUAUUGAGAAGCUCCUGAUAUAAAUGCCAGAAAGUCAUUUCAGCAUGAUGGGCCUCAUGAACACCAGAUUAGAUUAACUGUGAGGCUUUGACUGACCGAGUUUUCCCAUGAUGCUAUAAUGUGUUUGUCUGUUUUAUGAAUUUCAUGUUUGGGCCAAAAAGAAAAGAAAAAAAAAUGAGAGAAGAGAGGAUAACCUAUAUAUUUGCUCCAGUCAUUUUGUAUUAUUGGCUUGAAGGAUUUCAUAUAUAUUGUUUUGUACUUUUAUCAAGUGUAUUGGCUGAA